GCGGAAACUCUUUGGCGACGGCAGCGCCAGGGAGAGAAAGUGAAACGAAAGGCAAAUGUCAAGAGAAAAUAAAGAGCCAUCGCGAGUGUGUUUGUUGAGGAAAUAAAAAUCGUUUUUGGUGAACAAUUGCAACAUCCCAGCACACCUGUGGUGUCCAAAAGUGAUAGCAAGAGGGCUUAAGAUGAGCUAUACCAAUCGACAUAGAUAUGAGAACUACUUCUUGGAUCCCGAAGAUGAAAUAUCAAAGAAGCUGCCCAAAGAGAUUCUCUUUCGAAUAUUUUCCUACUUGGAUGUUGUGUCGCUGUGUCGUUGUGCUCAGGUGAGCAAAUACUGGAAUUUACUCGCUCUGGAUGGUUCUAAUUGGCAGAAGAUUGAUCUGUUUGACUUUCAACGAGAUAUUGAGGGCCCAGUGAUUGAAAAUAUUUCCCAAAGAUGUGGUGGAUUUCUCAAGUUACUGUCACUGAAAGGAUGCCAAUCGGUCGGUGAUCAAUCAAUUCGGACUCUGGCUCAGCACUGCCACAAUAUAGAGUAUCUGGAUUUGUCUGACUGCAAGAAAAUCACAGAUUUAGCGAUACAGUCGCUAAGUAAACACUGUCCAAAAUUGUCCAUAGUUUAUUUAGAGUCAUGCGUCAAUAUUUCCGAUUGCAGUCUUAAGGCAAUUUCAGAUGGUUGCCCGAGCUUGACGGAAAUAAAUAUAUCGUGGUGUGACUUGGUGACGGAGAAUGGGGUUGAAGCCCUUGCUCGUGGAUGUCCCAAAAUCAAGAAGUUCAGCAGUAAAGGUUGUAAGCAAGUUAACGAUCGUGCAGUUAUUUGUCUAGCUACUUACUGCCCCAACAUUGAGGUCUUAAAUCUACACAGCUGUGAUUCCAUAACAGACAUUUCGAUUCAGAAAAUUUCGGAAAAAUGUCUCAACUUGCGCCAACUGUGCGUGUCCAAAUGUGCACAGUUGACCGAUCAGACACUCAUCGCCUUAGCUCAGCACAAUCCCCUGCUGAAUACGCUGGAGGUGGCUGGAUGUCACCAAUUUACAGAUCUGGGAUUUCAGGCUUUGGGUAAAAACUGUAAAUAUCUCGAGAGGAUGGAUCUCGAGGAAUGCAAUCAAAUUACUGACUUGACGCUGGCUCAUUUGGCGACAGGAUGUCCAAGCCUCGAAAAAUUGACUCUGUCGCAUUGCGAACUGAUUACUGACGAUGGAAUAAGGCAAUUGGCUGCUGGAAGUUGUGCUGCCGAAAGUCUCUCUGUGCUGGAAUUGGACAAUUGUCCAUUGAUAACGGAUGCGACACUCGAUCAUUUGAUCUCGUGCCACAAUCUGCAGAGGAUAGAACUCUACGAUUGCCAAUUGAUAACGAGAAGUGCAAUAGGGCGAUUGAAAAAUCAUUUGCCCAAUAUUAAGGUGCACGCCUACUUUGCCCCAGUGACUCCGCCCCCAACAACCGGAGGCCCACGCCCACGAUACUGUCGCUGCUGUGAAAUUCUCUGAGAUCAGGCCGUAGGCCUAGCCAGGAAGAUUCUGUGCAAAGGUAGAGAUGACUGAUAUAUUCACCUGUAGAGGGCGCGCCGGGUAGUGUGAGGGGACAAAAGGGGGCUGUUAUUAGGGGAUUCUGUGGACCUGGAUCAGGAGAAGGGGGAGGAGCAGUAGCACGAUGAAGCACUUACGGACGAAGGCGAAUGAGAUUGCAACUUUCUAUUGAGCACGCCAUUAUCAUCCAUUUCUUUAACACAUAGGAUUUUACACAUUGAUAAGACCUUGUGCAUUUUUAAAAAAAGAAAAGAAAAAAACAAGCAAAAGCAAAAUCAUUGGAAAUUGCUUAAUUAAUUUUAGGAGAAAAGGAGAAGGAGAAAAACGUGGGCUAGUAAGUCAAAUGGAUUUUUUGACAAUGAGUAGAUAUUUUUUAUAUUAUUAAAUUAACCCAAUACUUCCUUGUGUAAUUUUCGUUGUAUUAGCGUUUUUGACUCUAUAAAUAUUUUUUUUUUUACAAAUAAUUGUUUUUGAAAAGAAAGCUAUGCAUGUUACUUUUUUGAGGUAGCAAAAAGAAAAGAAUGGAAAAAAUCUAUGAAGUGUUUGUAAAUUAAGGAAAAAAAAAGAUUUAAAUGGAAAAUUACAUAAGAGAUAGAACAUAAUGUGAAACGAGGAACAAAAAAAAUCAAUUUAUUUAUUUUAACUUCUUUUUUUUACAAAAUAUGUAACAGAUUUUUCUUGUGAUUUUACUUUUUUUUGACAAAAUGUUGGUACUAUCGAGUUAAGUUUAUUAUGUGAAAUUUUCUAGAUGUGAUAAGUUCUAAAAAAAAACUAUAAUAAUAAACAAGAGAUAUUCUUAGUAUUACUUGAUAAAAAAGGCAGAAAUAAAGGAAAAAUCUAUACCGUAAAAA